AAAUACACUCGUGAGGACACUUCAGCGUUAGUAGACGAGGCUCUUCACAGCAUCCUUUUUUUGGGAACGAUCAUGAUUCCAUAUUUUUCCCCAGAGUUGCUUUUCUGGGGAAAUAAUGAUCUAUUAUUUACCUUGAUGGCGUACCACCCUCGGCCUUUUCAACUCUUCUCCUGUCAAUUACCUAGACGAGGUCCAUUCUCAUGUGUGUUGGACAUGAUUGUGCACCUGACUGGACAAGAAAAUGAAGAGGAGAUAAAAAAUAGACUACAACAGUUCACCCAAAAUCUGAUGACAGCAGGUUUUAAAAAGCCUUUGUUUUCCUCCACCGUCUGCAUCUCUUAUGUCUCUACUUCAGUCAGAUCCAGCGUUCCAGUCAAGUACUAUGGCGCGUCCGUAUCCGCCAAUGACGGCAGCCCUGGGAAAAUAAUGAUUGCCGCCUCCUGCCUAAGUAACUGGGACGAUUGUGUAGCUGAUGCAGUGAUGACCUACUAUCCUAAUAAACUCAAGAAGCUGUACUUUAAUGGAACCAUCAACCUACCUGCAAAUGUCAUUUGUCGGGCUUUUAAAAUCAGCAACAGACAAAAUCUUGAACCUUGUAGAUCGUGUGGAAACAUGUUUGGUUUGCAAACAAGAGAAAGCCAUGAGUGGGCCUAUGGUAACUGUGCUGAAGCUGAGAGUCUGAGCAACCUGCUUAGAAAUGAAAGACAAGUUAAAGAUGGAGUACUUCUAACAUCUGGACCAUACCAGCAAGUUGACAGGAACAGAGCCAGAACAGAGUUUCUGAAUGAGCUCCGCAAUGAGCUACUCAGAGUUAACUUUACCAGAUGGAACGGGAAUUUCUAUCAAGCACAGAGACGGCGUUUCCGAUAAGUAGGAAAAUACUGUGCAAUUAUGACCUUUAUCUACAAACUCACAAAAUGUAUCUCCACUUUAUGAAUAAAAGAUACCCCAUCGUGAAUGUGACAUGU